AUGGAUCCAUCCAAAUCCAGGCGACCCCCACUUCCUCGUCUGGAGACGGACAUCUUGCCUCCACAGCGUCUUCUACCGCGUCCAGCCACAAUCACGCUCCCUCUGGCGCCAGUGGCCCUUCCAGAGAUUCCAGAGACAAAUUUGCGAAAGAGUGAGACUGUGCCGAGUCUGAUUUUCAAGGAAGUUACCAAUGAAGAGAAUCUGCUACCUACCGGUCGCUAUGCUCCCGACAAGGCCUUUUAUGUGACCGAGAAGAGUAUUGAAGAUGAAACGAUGGUCAAAAAAAGACCUCAACAGUAUUAUGAAGAGGCUUUUGGGGUUGGUGACUAUUGUGAUCCCCCUCGGGUGCGUAUUCAUCGGGAUUCUGUCCUGGUCGCUGAACUCAAGACAAGUCACACGAUCAAGUAUGAGCGAUCCAAGCUUGCUGAGGAUAUUCUCUGUCGUCUUUCUCAAGUCUACCAGCGCUCGUCAAAAUCCAUCAUGGUCACUGUUCAGCAAGACAUCUGCGUGCUUUUUGGCAGCAACAACGCUCUCUCGGCCUACUUGCUGACGAUAUACGCGCUUCCUUCAUUAAUCGCGCCGGUCACAAAUGUUCGCAGCACAGCACUCAUCCAGAACACCUUCGAAGAGCUGCUGGGCAUUCCACCCAGCCUUGGCGUCAUCAUCUACAUCCCCAUCCCGGAAGAAAACCUGGCAACAAACGGUAUGACGAUUCGAAGCGAGAUCUCGAUAAUUGAACGCAAUGAGGAUAGCCCCAGCAUUUUCAAGUCUAUCUCUCGGGGUAUGAGCCGGCGUUUGAAGAACCGCAGUGGGCAGAGCGUGCCAGUUUCCCAGCCAUCUGCUGCAGCCACCGCUUCGCCAUCACCACACACACCAUCGGAAAGUCCAGCAUCUCCCCGAGAGAAAGAGUUGGGGGCGAUGGGCAAGGAUAGUGGUUUCCGAAAACGCAUCUUCCAACUGCUGAAGGACAAGAUGACGAUGGAAGUCGAGGAGAAGGAGACGAUGGAGGCCCAGGGGAAGGAGGUCAGAGAAGAAGUCGUUGAGGAAACGAAGCCGACCAAGAAUGGUGCCAUAGCCACUAUCACCAAAACUGAGAAAAUUGAUCAGUAG